GCUGUCACCAGUAGAGGGCAGUAGCACAUUUUGUAACAAAGUAGAGGAAAAACAAGAAGAAGAAAGUGGUUCAACAACAUUACGGAAGCAAUGGCUAAUGGCAAGGAUCCUCUGAGUCAGCUGAAGGAUCAACUGGAGGACAUUCAGAGACGAGUGGAGGAUGAGAUACAUAGUGGGGUUCCUCCGGGAGGCAGUCUCCUUGCCUCUCCUUUCCUGAAGGGUUUUCUGGCCGGGUACGUUGUUGCUAAGCUACGCUCCUCGGCUUUGCUGGGUGUUGCCGUAGGAACAUGUACAGGGAUCUAUGCAGCACAGAAUUAUGCUGUUCCUAACAUUGAAACCACCAUCAGAGACUACAUAAGCAACCUGAAAGCAGGACGCAAAUGAGAAGAGAGGAAGAAUGAAUAAGAGUCCAAGGAAAAAGGGGGGGAGAAAGAGAGACAGCUCCAAGAAGAGGGUGUUAUUGCAGCCACAUAUGGGAGCAAAACAUGUCAGGAAGAAAUAAAUGCAUCUUCCACACUAUGAGUAAAUCGGAAAAUGCUUAAGUGUCACACAAACUUAUAGAAGCUAUACAAGCUAUGGUUGUUUUUUUUGGAUUUUAAAAAAAAAUUAAUCUUGUUACAUGAAAAAAAGACAAAUGUUCAUAUUAACAUUCAAGUUGAAAUGAUUACAAUUCAUUUAACCACACAGCCUAUCAUAGAGCUGCUGUACCUGAUAUCUGAUCUCUACCAUGUCCUGCCUGAAACUAUUAAGAACUGCUCUCUGAAAAUGAUAUAUGAAUAUAUGAAAGUGAGGCCAACAAAUGUUUGUGUGUAAGACCAGCAUUGUUGGCUAUUUUAUCUCCUUACAGGAGGAGUGUCACUUUAGAGAUAUUGGUGUAUAUUUAUCUUCAAGUGGUUUUCACAUCAUAGUUACAGUCGGCAUGCAAGCGAUAGCUUCUGCCCUCUAAUGGUCAAAAAGCAAUUGUAGCAGCCUUUGCACUUCAAUGCUCAGGAGAUUAUUAAGCAUGUCAAAAUUGUCUCAGUUCACAUCUCAUGGUGAUGCUUUGUGUAAAAUCUCAAAAUGUUUUGUUUUUGGUUAGUGUUUCUCCUGCUAAAUCAUUUGUUUUUUAUUUACUACAUAGUCAUCUCAUGGAAAUCAGACUUGUCUAGGUAGGAGAACUGUCAUUUAAACACUAUUAGUAUUAAAAAAGGGUUACGGGAUUUAUUUAAAUGUAAUCUCUAUAUUUCUUCUCACAGCUAUUGACGUUCUCAAGAGAUGUGUAAGAAAGUCCAUCGGCUGAUGUAUGAAAAUAUACACCAGUUAUUUGUGUGCCAAUAUAUAUUUUAAUUGCACUUUGGCGCUUUAACAAAGCAUGAGGUUGUGUGUUUUAUGAGAAAUGUAUUUACUGUGCCUUUCACUACUUGUGAGUUGAUAUCAUCUCAUGCCAUUUGUGCAAAUGCCGUUACUUGAUUGGCAGCUUAAUUCACAAAUUUUUUUUGCACCUGUAUUUAAGGAUUUUGAAGCCAUUUGUUCCGAAAAAUAUCAAGAGAAAACAAGGGAUAUUGACAUUUAAAAUGUUGCGUAUGUAUUAGGUAUGUCCAUAAAUGAUGCUGUUACAGUCAGUAUAUGAUAUUGUCCAUUAUGCUGUUUAUAAUGUAAGUGCAUACAUACAUCAAUGACUGGAUUUGGAAAAUAUAACAUUUUCAUUGGAAAUAUUGGAUUUCAGUU